AUGCGGGAUAUAGACCGCUUCCAUAGUUCUAUGGUCUUUUACGCAAUCAGCUCAGAAGAAUGGAAGACCUCCACAAAGAUGGAAACCCUUGGUGCGCUCGAGCUCGAGUUAGCAAAUCUUCUAAGCACUUCGAGCCAAGAAGAAAUGGAGAAAAAUCGCAAGGAACUAUCUGGAUUUCGCAACCUCUUCGCUAGAUUUCUUAGAGCCAAAACCCAUGUGGACUGGACCAGAAUUGAGCCUCUGCCGGAAGGAGCAAUUAGGGGAUAUAAACAUCUAGAGCAUCCUACUAAUGACGAAGUGAUUGCAUCUAUGCUGAACAAGUUGGUAGUAGUAAAGCUCAAUGGAGGAUUAGGUACUUCAAUGGGUUGCAAGGGCCCAAAGUCAGUCAUUCCAGUACGAAAUGAACUAACCUUUCUCGACUUGACCCUGCAGCAGAUUCAGACCUUAAACAAAACCUACAAUGUUGAUGUGCCGUUGGUGUUGAUGAACUCAUUCAAUACAGAAGAAGAUACUAAAAAAGUACUGAAGAAGUACGCCAAUGUCAAGGUAUCCGUGUACACGUUUUGUCAGUCUCAAUAUCCUCGUGUGAAUCGUGAGACACUGAUGCCUAUUGCGAAGACUUUGCAUGACGCGGAUUUGGAAUGUUGGUACCCUCCCGGACACGGUAACUUUUACGAAGCAUUUUACAAUUCCGGUCUUCUCGACAAGUUUAUCGCCGAAGGAAAAGAGUACUGCUUUCUUUCCAAUAUUGAUAAUAUGGGUGCGACCGUGGACUUUGCAAUUCUCAACUUUUUGUUAUCCCCUCCUGCCGGACAUGAUCAUCCAGAGUUUCUCAUGGAGGUUACAAACAAGACGCGAGCUGACGUCAAAGGUGGUACUCUUAUUCAAUACGAAAACAAACUUAUGCUUCUUGAGAUUGCACAGGUUCCCAAGGAUUAUGUGGACGAGUUUAAGUCCAUUAGUAAAUUCCGUAUCUUCAACACCAACAAUUUGUGGGCUAAGCUACCAGCAAUAAAGCGAGUGAUAGAGAAUAAUGAGCUAGAAAUGGAGGUCAUUGUAAAUCCCAAACAUCUUGAACAUGGCCUGGAUGUAAUCCAGUUGGAGACAGCAGCUGGUGCUGCCAUCAAGAACUUCCGAGGCGCAUGUGGUAUAAAUGUACCGCGAUCACGUUUCCUGCCUGUGAAGAAGUGCUCUGACUUAUUAUUGCUCAUGUCCAACUUAUACGAUAUAGACCAUGGCAGUUUGACCUUAUCGGAACAGAGGUCAUUCCCUACUACUCCGCUUGUUAAAUUAGGAUCAAGCUUUGACAAGGUCUCAGACUUUUUGAAACGUUUUCAAGGAAUUCCAGAUCUCUUGGAACUGGACCAUCUUACAGUCUCGGGAGAUGUAUGGUUUGGAAAGGAUGUAACACUAAAGGGUACAGUAAUAAUCAUUGCCAACCAUGGAGACAGAAUCGACAUUCCACCUGGAUCCAUUUUGGAAAACAAGAUAGUCUCCGGCAACCUUCGCAUUUUGGAACACUAG